GCUAAAAAAUUUGGUAGAAUUGACGAGUUGUGAUGAAAUUAGAAAAAAAUAUUGGCGUCAUAGAAGUCAAGCGAUCCUAUUGACUCUGGACGACGCGUCGACGCACAUGCCGCCCGCCGGCAAAAACUGACCGGCCGCGCCAGCCCGCGGAACCAAGAAAAAUCUUCCAAUCCGACCGCCCUAAUCUCCGAAUUCAAUCAAAGGAGAAACAGGAAACUGAAUUCCCGCGAUCCACAAAUUCUCUCUCUCUCUCUCUAGAUUCUUUCAUUUCUGUUCUUCCUUAUCCGGAAGAACACCGGCCAGCUACAUACUCCGACAACCGCACGUAUAUACGUGCACACACGCGUGCCGCACUUGGGGAGAGAAUCGGGAGCCGCUGGCCGUUGAUUCGAUCGGGAGAUGUCGAAAUCGUUGCCGUAUUCGAUGAAAGAUGUGCACUACGACAACGGAAAGUUCCGGCACCGAUCGGUGUCUAAGGCAAUUUCUCAAGCACUCUUAACCAGUAAGGUUAAUCCGGAACAUGUAAAAUGCAGCACAGGGAAAUUUCUUGGAUUAUUAUUGAUUGGUGGUUUAGUAUGUCUCAUGAUGACCCACGCCAGUACCCUUCAUUCUGUCUCUCAUGAUAUAGCAAAAAAUGGUGAGUCUAAGGAAGGAAGAAAUUUCAUUGCUGAUGGAAGAAAUCGACUUAAUCGUCUUCUGAGAAGACCUCCAAGGCUCCCACCUAGGUUAUCUCCAGAUGAAAUGGUGGUUAUCAGCAAUAAAUCUACACUUGAGCACCCGAACUCAAGCAGUGAUUCUAAAUGGCAAGCAAAGCAACAAAGAGUGAAGGACGCAUUUGUUCAUGCAUGGACUGGUUAUAAAAAUUAUUCAAUGGGUUAUGAUGAACUUAUGCCACUGAGCCAUCAGGGAGUUGAUGGUUUGGGAGGUUUAGGAGCUACGGUUAUAGAUGCUUUAGACACAGCUAUGAUAAUGGGACUUGACGAAAUUGUAAUGGAAGCAGGCUCAUGGAUUGAAAACCAUCUUCCUGAGAGGAUAAAUGGGAAAGACCAAGUAAAUCUAUUUGAAACUACAAUACGUGUUCUGGGUGGUCUUUUGAGUGCUUAUCAUUUGAGUGGUGGGGAACAAGGGGGCAAUGUGUUACACAAGGGACCUAAACCAAAUAUCUAUCUGGAAAAUGCUAGGAACUUGGGGGAUCAUCUUCUCUCUGCUUUCACUCUAAGUCCCUCUGAUAUUCCCUUCAGUGAUGUAGUUUUGCAUGAUCGCUCUGCACAUCCUCCUCUUGAUGGUUUGAGUAGCACAGCUGAAGUUGCAACUCUACAGCUUGAAUUUAAUUAUCUCAGUUCUGUAACUGGUGACCCAAAAUACAGUUUAGAAGCCAUGAAAGUUCUCCAGCAUAUUAGAACUCUACCAAAACACGAAGGACUGGUCCCCAUAUUCAUCAACCCUCAAUCUGGAGAAUUUAGUGGAGAAAAUAUAAGACUUGGAUCUCGUGGUGACAGCUAUUAUGAGUAUCUUAUUAAAGUGUGGCUUCAGCAACGAGGAAGUAACUGUUCGUACUUGUAUGAUAUGUAUAUUGAAGCAAUGAAGGGUGUUAGACAUCUUCUUGUUAAGAAAUCUGUUCCAAAUGGGUUGGUGUUUGUUGGAGAGUUGCCUUUUGGGUACCACGGUGAAUUUAGUCCAAAGAUGGAUCACCUGGUUUGUUUUCUGCCUGGUACGCUGGCAAUUGGUGCCACAAAGGGUCUUACAAAAGAAAAGGCUAUGAGGGAGAACUUGCUCAAUUUUGAAGAUUUAGAAAAUCUGAAGCUCGCAGAAGAUCUUACCAAGACCUGUGUUGAGAUGUAUUCUGUGACUUCUACUGGUCUUGCUCCAGAAAUAGCUUAUUUCAAUAUGGAGGGAAAUUCUGGAGGCCCUGAUGGUGGAAACAAAAGCUCAAAAUAUGUGAACGACAUAAUCAUAAAACGUGCUGAUCGUCACAAUCUUCUGCGUCCUGAAACUGUUGAAUCAUUGAUGAUAUUGUAUCGUAUCACAGAAGAUCCAAAAUACCGUGAGUGGGGCUGGGAAAUUUUCGAGGCCUUUGAGAAAUACACAAAGGUCGAGUCUGGAGGUUACACUUCUCUUGACGACGUUACUGUAAUCCCUCCCCGGAGAAGAGACAAGAUGGAGACCUUUUUCUUGGGCGAGACGCUAAAAUAUCUGUACUUGCUAUUUGGUAGCAGCGACGUAAUCCCCUUGGAUCAGUACGUAUUCAACACAGAAGCUCAUCCCAUUCCGAUCAAAGGAACUGCCAAACAUCAAUGACAUUCUACUUUUGAAGAAAUUUGUGUUUUUGGUGAGAGCGAGCUCGGGUGGAAAUGGCGAGCGGUUUUUAUGCUGCAGGCACAGAAGAAUGUCAUUUCUGCCUGUUGUUGAGUGUUUAGUCACACUGAAAUCCAAAAGGGGAGGGAUGGGGUUUUAGGGCAUUCGGAUUACAACAGUUUUGUAUGAUAUUUAUGCUACACAUAUAUUUUCUUUCACUGAAACAAUUAAACAGAAUUUUCUUCCCUGUGUAGCCAAUAUUUACUUUGGCUUAUUGGUGAAAAGAAUCUGUCUUUUGUAACAUUAUGGUUGGACCUUUUAAUGUUAGUCUUUUAGGCAUUAUUUUUUGACA